AUGGCCCUUGUACAGAAUGAAACAAUGGGAGACCUUGAUAUCCCGACAAUUCUGAUGUCACCUUCAAGCAUCGUUCUCCCUACAGCUGCCAGGAAUUAUGAAUUGAAAAAUAUCCACUUUAAUAUGAUGCCUUCUUUUCAUGGAUUAAGUUCUAAAGAUCCUUUAGCUCAUAUUAGAGAUAUUUUUAACAUGGUUUCUAACAUGGCUUUGACAGAGGAAGUCACCGAAGAACAUCUCAUGAUGAAAGUCUUUCCCUACAAAUUGAAAGAUAAAGUAAAAAUGUGGCUCAAUUCCUUAAGACCUGGAUUAUUGACUAGCUGGACAGAGGUUCAAAACAAGUUCUUGGAGAAGUUCUUUUCGACUCAGAAAACUGAUGCAUUAAGGGAUAAAAUCAUGCAAUUCAGUCAACAGGCCGAUGAGUCAUUUUCAGAAGCUUGGGAACGGUUCAAUAAUUUUUUAAUACAAUGUCCUCACCAUGGUUUGCUUACUCUAGUUCUCAUGCGUAUUUUUUAUAAGACACUAACCGUUUCGAGUAAGGCUGCAGUGAAUAACUAUGCAGGUGGAUCUAUUAAGAACAAGACACCAACUGAAUGUCAAACUUUGUUUGAUACACUAGCAAUUGAAACACAGCAUUCUGAUACAAGAGGUAAACGUGCUGGAAUUUAUGAAAUUGGUAGUUCUAAUGCUUUUGCUUCUAAAGAGAAGGUUGAUGCUAUAACUAGUAAAUUGGACACCUUGCUUGCUAUGAAUGGGAGAGCACCAACACAAGAGAUUUGCUCCAUUUGUGUUGUUCCUGGUCAUGCCACCAUAUCUUGUCCUCAUGGGGUUGAUUUUCCAGAAUUUCUGCAAGAACAAGCCAACAUGGUGAAUACCUAUAGACGUCCCGGCAAUGAUCCAUUCUCCAACACAUAUAAUCCGGGAUGGUAA